AUGACGAACGCGAUAAAUAAUACGUUUAGAGUGAAUUUUUUUAAGAUCUGUGGGUUUUCGUUGUUAAAUGUGAGGUUAUGGCUGUAUAGUGUAGCAUUAGUGCAUCUUAUAGUUACAGCUAUUGUGACCUUAAGUAUAGAUGUCACUGUCGACGAGGAUCGUUCAGUCAGAGCCUAUCAUCAUGUGCGAUGGAAACUCAUCACCUGCUGGUUUAAUUUGAUAACCUUAGCCUACCUGCCUCUCUGCCUGUUCUGCGAUUGGUGUGAGAAGCGAGAGAAGGAGCCUCCUCACGUUGCAAAACUGAGGGUGCUCCGUGACGUCAUCAUGACAUCUAUCUUGAUGCCUACCACUACUUUUGCCGACAUCACAUUUUGGGUCACUUUUCUCUCUGACCCGAGCAUCAUCGCGCCUCCUCGAGUCUUCGAGUAUUUGCCGUACUGGUCUCAGCAUUCCUUGCAUACAGUUUCCAUGGUAACCGUUAUCAUGGACUUACUCCUCACUCCUCGAAAGAGACCUGACAGUAUGAAGCCUCGGUUGGGUUUGAUGGUGGGCUUUGGAACUGCCUACACUCUUAUGGUGUAUGUGAGCUUCCUCCAGGGCGAGCCAGUGUACGGGUUUCUGUCAACUGCUAGUGAUGCCAUUGUUCUUUCAGUAUACUUAAUCUUCCUUAUAGUAUUAACAAUUAGCUUCUAUGUACAGUGGCAUAUAAUUGAUUAUGUCUGGAGCCAUAAAAGAAAGAAAAAUAAAAUAAAGGUCGUAGAUUAA